AGGGAAACGCGGCUGGAGCGGGGAAUGAUGGCGGAGAGACAGAAGACCCAACAACUUCUUUAAAAGAAAAAAAAAGACAGUAAAACCAGGUUCUUGUGCAAGUUUUUUUUUUACCCGAGACGAUGAAACGGACAGUUAAGCCGGCGACGGUGCUCCAGAAAACCUCCGCCUGACCCACUGCACCGCUGCCGCGAAGCCACCCGUAGGUUCCCCAUCAACCUGCGCGCUCUGCCUUUAAAACCAUUGGAUUAUUGUGCUACGGCUAAUCAAUAAGAAACAUGAUAAAAGCGGAAACUAAAGGGGAGAGGACCCUAAGGAGUGCAUCCCCUCACAGAAACUCCUACAAGUCUGACUUCCACGCCAUUAAAUGCUCCUUUGAUGGACUAAAGCCAGAGGGACCCUCCAAAACCCUUGCAAAUGGAUCUACGGACACCCGGGAGGAGUCCAGGGGGAGACCUUUUGGCACCAGGGUGAACAAGAUAAAAAACAUUUUCCUACAAAUGGACGGUCAGCUUCAGGAGGCCCAGGAGGGGAAGCCAACCCUUAAGUCAGAUGUUCCCCAGGCCUCCCCACCAAAGAUGCCGUUUCCUGUUGUCACUCAAAGGGUUAGCUUCAACAGCGCUUCAAGCCCCGAGUCGCACAGUGCUGAUAAAACAUCCAAAGGAGAAGAUGCGGAGAUCGACAAGGUGGCUUUGGCAGAAAAGUUCUCCGUGACCAGGAAGCUGUUUGAAAGGGGCACCAAAGAGCCGCCUGCAGCCGAAAAGCAGACUCCAAGCAGGGUGGUAAACCGUUUAUCCCUCGGAAGCUCCUCUGAUGAUGGGAAAAGUGGAAGGAGAACUUCAGGAUCCAUAGAAACUCCUAGUAAAUCUGAGCAAACUGUUGCAUCACCCCUUAAAAGUCCUUCAGAGGAUGCAGCUGAUGAUGCAAAAAAGCAUUUGUCCAAAACACAGUUAAAUGUAGGGCCUAUAUCAAUGCGCUUGGAAAACCAUGCAGCUGAAAACGCAGAUGGUGGGAAAGGAGGAUUGUUGUCUUCUAAACACAGUACCACUGAACGCACGCAGCCGGCUUCUGUGAUGGAAGCCUCAGAAUUCUCAUCUAUGAUGUCCAGUAAAAGCAAGGACAGUAAAUCUGCUUCUUUGGGGUCGAGCGUUGUGUUGAAAUCCACAGUCCAUGGUAGCAGCCCAACAUCUAAAUCUGAUUCUUUGUCAACUGAUGCCACUCACAAACCCCACUCAGCAGAGGAAAUUGCCACAACCACCCACGGCAACAAGCUCUCUUCUGUCAAUGGCUUAAGUCGGACAUCUGUUGGUGGGGAUGGAGGCAAAUCACAUAGCACCCCCCCAAGGGAUGGGAAACAGCCUUUUCCAACAGCUGAUGGCCCGCAGAACGCCAGCAGGGACAAAACCCCCGAAAGAGCCCAAAGGGAUGAUGAUGUAACGCUUAGCCCCAGAGGGGACAAAGCAACCAGCCAGACGUCGUCACCGAGCUCCAAAGGCCCCGGCACGGUCCGGGCUGAGCUGGUCGUGGUGCAGAAUGAAUCCUCGGAAAGUGAAGAGAACGAGGAGGCAAAUAAUGAUGAUGACGUGUUUGAAGAGGAGAAAGAGCAACAACAGGACGACGACGUCAGAAGGAGCUUUACGCCAGAAAAAGUGAAGCUCGACACAGUUAACCAAGUCACUUCGCUGGAGGGAAUUAAAAAAACACAAAGGGCAACUGAUGUGGUUGACGAGGCUUUAGUUCUGAAAGAAAAGAGAAGAGAAGACAGUUUGGCUGUGAGUCAGGAUGAUGAAGAUGAGACAUUAGAGGAGCAGGAGGACCUACAAAGUCAUGGACGAGCUUCUCCUAUAGUCUGCGGCAUUGAGAAUGCAGCAUUCAUGGACGACAAGGACGUAGAACAGAUGCUGAGGGAAGAAGAGGAGGACUAUGAAGAUGAGGAAGAUCAAAUGUAUAAGGAGGAUGAGUACUGCUAUGAGGCCCCUGGUUUGUCAGAAGAAGAUGAGCCUCCCUCUAAGAGAAAAAUUCAGUUCUCCACGGAUCCCAUUCUGAUCUUCAGCACCUUCUCCAAUGAAGACUAUGAUCGGCGCAAUGAUGACGUUGAUCCAGUUGCAGCAUCUGCAGAGUAUGAGCUGGAAAAGAGAGUGGAGAAGAUGGAUGUGUUUCCUGUGGAAAUUCAGAAAGGAGACAAUGGCCUUGGCAUUAGUAUCAUUGGAAUGGGAGUUGGAGCUGAUCAGGGUCUGGAAAAGCUUGGCAUUUUUGUGAAAACUAUAACCCAGAAUGGAGCUGCUGAGAAAGAUGGACGAAUCCAGGUGAAUGACCAGAUAGUGGAAGUGGAUGGUGUCAGUCUGGUAGGAGUCACCCAGCUGUUUGCUGCAACUGUCUUAAAGAACACCAAAGGCACUGUCAGCUUCCUGAUUGGUCGAGAGAAGCCAGGAACUCAAAGUGAGGUGGCCCGCCUCAUAAGCGAAACCCUGGAGCAGGAGAGAACCCAGCAGCAGCACCAGAACCUGGAUGACCCAUAUGAGCACUCCACCGAGGAGGAGGAGCGAUAUGACGAGGAGGAGGACGUGAUAGAAGAAAGGAUUUUGGGAUCCAAUUUUUCUCCAGGGCGGAAUGUGGAGGUUUUUGAGCUCCCUGAGUCAGAGGCCAUGUUCAUGCCAACCAACAUGGACGGCUCUCAGAUGUCUUUCAGAUUCAAAGAGCUGCAACUUAAACACAGCAUUGCAAUGGAUGACAUUAAUCAGCUAAAAUUAAAGGUGCAUGAACUGGAGGAGGAGAAAUCUUUGUGGGGGACCAGGGUGUCUGCCCUGGAGCAGAAGAUUGACGACAGUAACGACAAGAUCCAAAAGCUGGAGAGCUACUGGCUGGAGGCCCAGGCUGUGUGUAAGAGCGUAAACGGACAGCUAGCUGAGACCCAAGCGCAGUAUGAGACUUUGGACAAGAAGUACAACAAAGCUAAGAAACUUCUGAAGGACUAUCAGCAAAAAGAGAUAGACUUUGUGAAGAAAGAAGAGGAGCUGAAAAAGGUUCUAGAGGAAAAAGACAGGUGGUAUAAAGAGCAGCUGGAGAACCUACAGAACAGAAUUCCUGUCCUAGAGGACAGAGAGGCUCCAGGUGUGGAAGGUCAGAGUGGUGAGGAUUCUGCUACAGAGGAGAGACGAAGCAGCCAAGACUCGGUUACAAACACUCAGUCUACUGAUUCGCUGCUUGAACAAGAAUGGAUCGAGUCCAUCCCCGAAACCAAGCGCCUGGACACCAGCGUACACAGAGCCAAAGGCCAGUUGGCUCAGAUGGCUAAGCGUCAGCCUCCAUCCCGGAGCAAACUGAAGGAAAGCUUUGCUGUGGCUUCAUCCUACUCUCAGGAAACGGAAGAGGAGGACAAGCAGGAGGAGCUGGAUUCCUCCAGCAGUCGGAGGUCCACUGGGGAGAACCUGCUUCUCCCAGUUAGCGCCUGUUAUCCUGGGAGUGGACGGAAAGAUGAUCCGAACAUCAGCACUGACGCAGUCAGGAGUAACGUGGAGCUCUCCAGCAGCCCGUCUUUGUCCCCAUCACAGGGAGAAAGUCCUGAAAGCAGCAGCCCCUCUUUGUCCCCUCCCAAACACGCAUCCUCACCCCAGUCCCCCACCAGCUUCAUCCGCAAGAAGAGGGAGUCCAAAGGCAAGACAAAGGAGCCGAAAGAAGACUUUGGUGAAACUUCUCAAGGAGGAAAACCCAAACGGCGAUUUCCAGAUUUUGGCAGGGGCCUCCGCAAGUCAGGUGGAAAAGGAAAGAAACACGACAAAGAGGCUUUCAGAGCGUCUUUGGACAGCAGGGGGUCUGCAGAGUUACUGGAGGAAUCUGGAGGAAACUUGUCUCCUGCAGAAUCAAUGACCGCCAUUCCUACAUGCAUACCCUUCUCCUGGUUCGGAGACAGAGAGAAGGAUAAAGACAGAGAAGGUCCGUCCUCCAGCAGCAGCUGCAGCCUGCCGUACACCGCGAGCGAGCCCAGCGGCGAGCAGAACCAUGAACGCAGAAACAAGACAAAUCUCUCCUGGUCUUCUUUAUUCAGUCGCUCGUUAGAUUUGAGUUUGUCAGUGGUAGAUGAUUCUAACCCUGCCAGCCACAGUUCAGACAUCUCUGGGUUAGUUGCUGAACCCAGUCUGUCUGGGCGCUCACACACUUUAAUCUUCUCUUCCAGCGAGACUUUGGAGGAUGAGCCAGCAGCUGCGGGUAAAGACUAUCAAUGGCACAACCGUCCGGUCAGCGAGUGGACCAAUCAGCAGGUCUGCCACUGGUUGAUGGGCAUGAACAUGGACCAGUACACGGCAGAAUUCACUGCUAAAGCCGUGGAUGGCCAACAGCUCCUGCUGUUGGACAGUGACAAGUUAAAGGCUCUUGGUGUUUCCAAUCAAAGUGAUCGCUCAACUAUCAAAAAGAAACUGAAAGAACUGAAAAAAGCCCAGGAGAAGAUGGAAAAACAGCGAGAGAAGAGAGAGAAGGAGAGUCGGCGUAGCGGGAAGCUGCCCGUCCCUUCUGACUCUGUCUGCUGAGGUAUCCCACUCAGAACUCUGAAUAAAGGGAUCUGAGGAAGUCACACAGAAACAUUCUUUUCUGGAACUGAAUGAUGGGGCGUUUGUGUCAGGAGGUCCCUGCACCUCAAACUUGUCAGCCUGAACCUUACUGCUAGGACUGAUGGGAUGCUAAGCUCCGCCCCCACUAAUGAGUUUACCGGGUUUAUGGUGAUUCAAAAUUACCAGUUGGAAUUUGGGCAUCUGUCAGACCUGAAACCAUCAGUCCUGAACAUACAGAUGCUGUUAUUUAUGUUCAUGUUGUCCCUUUCUGUUUUAUUUUUCUCCCAAAAUCAGCGGCAAUUUGAAACAGAAGUCAUGAAAGGUUUGGUUUGUGACCAAAAAUCCAGAUUCCAUCUUUUUAUACCACUGAAACGGCAAAGACACUAUGAUUUUUUUUUUUUUUAAUUCUGAUGUCAUGUUCUUUAAAUUCACAUCCACAAUGAUCUUUGUUUUUUUAAUCAUUUAAUAUUUUCGCUGAACACCUGAUUCCAUGUUUGGCGCUCUGCUAGAACAUGUAAAGUUCAGAUAAAAGCACUAUAUUUGUCUUUUAAGCUUCAACGGGCAGCAAGGUUUUAAAUGUAUAAAUACGUUGUCUACAUGUGCCUGUUAACUGCAUAUCUGUUUUUUUCCUUCCUUUUUUUUACUCAAAUUCCAAUAUUUGUUUUAUAUUAUUCAAAUGUUUCUACUAAGUAGAAUAGCAGAAAAAAAUGAUUUAGCAGAAAAGAAGCAAACAGAUGAGUCUGUUUUGUGCAGAAAAUAACAUUAAAUCACAACAAAAAAAACUGUUUUCUGACUUCUGACAGUCAGAAAACCGUUUUUGGCACCUGCAGCAUCAAUAAACUCACUUUUUAUUAUC